AUGACUUUGUCGGACACCUUCACUGCCAUCCCUGUCUUGGACUAUUCUCUCGCAACCUCAUCGGAUACCAAGGCCACCUUCCUGAGAGAGCUGCGCAAUGCUCUCGUCAAUGUGGGGUUCUUCUAUCUCACCAACCCGCCGGUGGCCACGGAGGUGAGGGACAACCUGGUGGCCAAGGCAAUCACCCUUUUUGAUCUACCGCUGGAGAAGAAAUUGGAAAUUGAAAUGGUCAACAGUAAACACUUCCUGGGGUAUUCUCGGCUGGGAGCAGAGUUCACAGCUCGUAAGUCGGAUUAUCGAGAGCAAUUUGAUUUUGCAACUGAAUUGCCUCCACCUCGUCCGGACGAGCCACUGUAUCGCAAUAUUCGAGGUCCUAAUCAGUGGCCGGACGAAACUGCGAUCCCUGGCUUCCGCCAUGCUCUUGAGUCAUACCUAGCUGAAGUAGGCCCAUUGGCAGAUGAAUUCCAGACCCUUGUGGCGGAAGCACUAGAUCUUCCCCCAGAUGCUCUGAAACCGUAUUUCGAGCUCCCCUCUCAACAUAAACUGAAGCUGGUCAAAUAUCCCCCGCCACCACCGGCAUCCACAGAGGAAGAAACACAAGGUGUAGGCGCCCAUAAAGACUCAGAGUUUCUCACAUUCCUGCUCCAAGCCACACCUCACCCGGGACUGGAAGUGCAAAAUAAAGCCGGAGAAUGGAUCCCCGCAUCACCGAUCGAAAACUCCCUGGUCGUGAAUAUCGGUCGCGCUCUGGAGGCGCUGACAGGCGGAGUCUGUACGGCCACCACGCACCGCGUGAGUCUGGCACCUAAAAACUUCGUCGACGCGCAGGGUGUCUCCCUCGGUCCGCGGUUCUCCAUCCCGGUGUUUCGGGGAAUGAGUCUGGAUCUAUCCGCGGAGAAUAUCUCUUUGAAGAUUCCGGAGCAUAUCAGGGACUUGGUGCGCGAUGAGAAGAUUCGGUCCGAUGCGGAAGCCACGUUCAAUCAGAUGUACAAGGGGCGUAUCGGAGAGGGGACAUUCAUUCAUCGAAUCACCAGUCAUCAGGAUGUGGGACGGCGAUGGUAUCCGGAGGUGUUAGCCUGGGCAUUGGGAGAGUAUGAGAAAGCAUGA